CCUCUUUUAGAUGCAACAUACAAGUUCUAUACAUCGUCAACGUCACGUGUUCUCCACGCAUCAUUCGCGCUCGUGGAUAGUAUUAAUUGAUACUGAUUAAGGAGUCAGCUGAGCUCGUUACAGUUUAAUCAACAAAAUUUGUGUGGUGGAAGAUUUUGAAAAUUGAUAAACUAAGCGAGGAUGAAGAUGUUUGUGACAAUCCUGUGGGCGAUGCUGGUAUCAGCUGCAUUAGCACUGCCAGCUAGCGAAAAAAAUACUGGUGAAAAUGACCUCAUGGCUACUAUCUACUCAGACUGUUUGAAGAAGGAGUCUGUCAGCUGUAUCAAGUACAAGGUCUUCUCGUUUGUCGACAAGAUGCUCGCUGAUAAGGAGGAUAUCACGUUGUCCGAGGGCAUCACCGUCGUCAAGACUUCAACAGCUGAGGAAGGUGCACCAAGGUCCAUCGAUUCCACUGAUGUGGACAGUCUGAUCUUCGACCGUCUCGGCAGAUUCCUCAGGACACACUCCAUCAAAGUUGAUCUCAAGGGCACUGAUAUCCUUGGAGCUGUUGAGUCAGCUGGACGCAGCCUGGAGGACAUCAGUGACAGUGUUGUCGAGGGUCGUGGCAAAAAGAAGAAGGCUCAGAAGCUCAUGGGGCCCAUGAUGAUGGCAUUGGCCCUCAAAGCCGCAGCCCUACUUCCCCUAGCCCUUGGUGCGAUAGCACUGAUCGCCGGAAAGGCACUUCUAGUCGGCAAAAUUGCCCUCGUUAUCUCCGCUAUCAUCGGCCUUAAGAAGCUCCUCGGUGGACAGCAAAAGCACGUGACAUAUGAAGUCGUUGCCCACCCACACCACAGCAGCAGCAGCAGUCACACAGUCAGCCACGAUGAUGGUCACGGUGGUGGUGGAUUCGGUGGUGGUGCUGGUGACUUUGGUGGUUACGGAGGUGGAGCUGGAUCCAGUGGACAUGGAUGGGCCAGGAGUCUGCCCCAGGAUGCCCAACAAAUGGCAUACCGUGGACAAAUUCCCGCUCAGGCUUGAGCUAGAUCUCCACAACGACUAUCCACCGAAUUUAAUAAGAUAAUUGACCAAUUCCCUCAAUCUCCUCUCUCAUCUGACUCUUCGCUUUCUCCUCUCUUCGGCUAUUUCUUAUUUAUUCUCCAGCAUUUUCACCUCUCAUUCUAUCACUCCAUUCUAUCCCCUCCUUUCACUGCUCGAGUCCUUUGAAUGCCCGAAUAUCAUUCUCCGCUAUUUUCCCUUUCCAAUUCGUGCAUUCACCUUGUACCUUCGAAAAUACUCGUCAUGUGUCUUGUAAGACGAACACCUCGUUAUUUAUUACGUCUUAAAUCAAACAACAAUAUUUAUUGUGUAUCGUUUUAUCCAUCCCAUGUGUCUGUCACUGACUGUUCCCCAUCGUUCCCCUGUUUUAUAUUUUGUAAUAAAAUAAUGAACGAGCAAAUCUGUCUCGUUCCAAAGAAAAUGUAAGUGAGUAAAGGAGCGUAAAUUAUAA